GUCUACAAAUCAAAAUCUCUCUUGCGCCGUACUCUCAAUCCAUUCCAUUGUUCUUACUCUGGGUCCCACAAACUGAAAUUCGCUUUCUUCUUUUUCCACUUGUUUUAUGUUUUCUUUUUUAAUUCUAUUUCCAUUUCAUUUUCCCCGAAAUUCUUUGUUGAGAAAGUAGCUAGACAAGAAGAAACUGAGAACAUUUUUGAAAUAUUCUUUCCUUCACUUUUGAAUUUGAUUGAUGAUCGUGUUUAGAUGGGUUUCUUCUUCUGGUUGCUUUAACUUUUCUUGUGUGGAGGAACAGUAGACAUUCUCUUGAUCCAAUCCAAUUAUUAAUUUCUGAUUCAAGAGUGAACUGGUCUUUAUCUGAAUUGCAAGACUUUCUUUGGAUUGGAAUGCGCCAUCUCUUUGGUGUAGCACUUACAAAAUCGGACAUUAAAGGGGAACGUAACAUGAACACUGGAUCUUGAUUGCUCUUACGACAUUCUUUUGAGUUGAAUGUGCCAUGUUUGUGGUAUGGCACUUACUAAGUCAGACAUUGAAGAGGAACUAAACAUGAAAGAAACUCAAUUGCAAUUGGAUUGCAAAGACAUCAAUUUGCAUUGUCAUUUCUGUAAGGAUCACGAAUACAUGGAAGAGUCAACGGAUCCAGAUGGUUCGACUCCGUAUGCGACACCAUUGCUUAGUCCAACUGCUUCAUUACAAAGCUACGAUAGCUUCGUCUCAGUAUUCAGUGAGCUGUCGGAGGAUGAAUUUCCCUCAGAAAGUGAUGACAUGAAUGAAGGUGCGCUAGAUACUGGUCAAGAAUAUAGCGAGAGAAGCACACUUCUAGUUGAAGGAACUAAUGGGUCAGGUACAGUCAACGUGGAUUAUGUUGAAGACAACAAUAGUGAUCAGAGUCAAAAUAUUGAGAUUACUGGAAAAGAGGAUACAGAGGAUGCAACGGAACCCUAUUCUUCUUUUGAUUUUGAAGCAGCUCCUGACAUUUGGUUGCCUCCUGGACCACAAUAUCUUGAUGAUGAUACAGCAAGCACGUUAACUAACAAGAACGAUGAAGAUGAAUAUGCUGGUGAAACGAAAUGGUUGAAACCCAGUUCGCUAAGUGGAAUGGGAAAAGAAGUAAGUACGGGCAUUGGGUUUGAAGAGCUUUGCCAGAAAGAAAUGGCAGCGGUAAUGAAUGGGGAGUUCAAGAGCUAUGUUGCUCGACUUCUUACAUCAGCGGGCAUUUCUUCGUUAGUGGAGCCUGGUGAAAGUUGGGUUGACAUAGUUACUUCUCUGUCUUGGGAAGCGGCAUUACUUAUUAAGAAUGAAGCUAUUGGGGUAAAAACACUAGAUGCCGAAGCCUUUGUGAAAGUGAAAUGUAUUGCAACUGGUCGCCGCAGUCAAAGUCAUUUAGUCAAGGGAUUGGUUUUUAAGAAGAACACUGCACACAAGAAUAUGCAAACCAAGUAUGAAAACCCUAGACUAUUGUUGCUUGGAGAGGGCAAAAGCGGGUUGUUGUCAUUAAAUUCAGUGCCUCGGAGUGCACCUGGAGAGAGCACAAACGGGUUACUGACAUUCAAUUCAAUGCAGGAGAAUGAUCUUAGUCCCCUCCGUGAGAUUAUACGGAUCUCUCAUCCAAAUGUCGUUCUAGUGGAGAAAUCUGUUUCUCGUGAUGUGCAAGAAUUUCAUCUCGGAGAAGGAAUAACUCUAGUCAUUGACAUGAAGCUGCAUCGCUUGGAGAGAAUUGCUCGUUGUACUGGUUCAGAGAUUGUAUCUUCUGCUAACAGUUCGUUGGCAACGAAGCUCAAACAAUGUGACUUCUUUCAUUUCGAAAAUUUUUCAGAGGAACACAAAAAUAUCGGGGAAGGUGGAAGGAGGCCGAUUAAGAGGUUGAUGUUCCUUGAGGGUUGUCCAAGAUAUUUUUGUUGUACGGUUUUGCUGAAGGGGUCGCACACUGACGAAUUGAAGAAGGUUAAAAGCGUGAUGCAUUGUGCAGUUAUUGUUGCAUAUCAUCUAAUUCUUGAGACUUCGUUUCUUGACGACCAGAAGGGCAUGUUCUCAACCCUUGAUUCUGCUGUGCUGGAUGGUUUCUUAAAAGAUGAACAACUGCCAGUUGUUAGUUUGGGAAAUUCUGCUGAUAAAGGAAACAUUUAUGCACACCAAAACGGGUUCGAACAUGGAAACAAUAACCAGAUGGAUACAUCUCAUGCACUUCCUGUACCAACCAUUCAUCACGGAAAAUUAAUAUCGUCUAUCUCAACUUCUCUUAAGAAAGUUAUCGAGGACAGUUUGCCUAUCAUUUCAUCUGCUUCUCAUGGGUCCUUCUCCACAUGGUUUGGCUUUAAGGGAAGCGAAUCACAUUCUCAGGAUAAAGCUGCCUUGCCUAUCUCCACAUCACCUGACAUACAUAUCACUAGUGAAGCAGAAGCUGAGGAUAAACCGCAGGAUAGUGUUCAAUCUGAGACCAAGGCUAGUUUUCGUAAAGACCCAUUGAAAUCCCAGAGGGGCGAGAUUAAUAAUGAAAACCAAGCCAAUAAAAAGAAGGAUGACAUAAGCAAAAUGUUAGAUGCCCAUAGCAUAUUGCUCUCGACUUCUAGCCGCAACCUCAAAAAUGCGAAAGUUUGUGAACCAGUCCGCUUGUAUCGUUUCAAGUACUACAGUAAUUUUGACAUGUCCCUCGAGCAGUUCUUGUGCAAUCAUCUACUGAAUAAGACACAUCGAUGCUCUGCGUGCAAUGAUUCCAGAGAAUCUCAUGUUUACCAGUAUAUGCACCAACGUGGGAAGCUCACAAUACGAGUUAAAUGCUAUUCUACCUUUUGCUUGCCCGGUGAAGCAGAAGGGAAACUUUGGAUGUGGAGCCGAUGUUUAAAAUGUGAGCGGGCUACGAGGAGAGUGGUGAUGUCAAAUGCAACCCGCUGUUUAUCAUUAGGAAAGUUUUUGGAGCUUUUCUUCUCAAGUCACUCCACUUCUAUCAAAUUAUCGAGCUGUGGACAUUCUAUGCGCAAGGAUUAUCUUUACUUUUAUGGAUUGGGCCCCAUGGUGACAAUGUUCAGAUACUCACUGCUAAAAAUCUACACCGUGUCUAUGCCUCCUCCUGUUUUGGACUUCAACAAACAGAACGGAGAUUGGAUGGAGAAAGAAGUUAAAAAGGUGUUAGAAAGAGGUAUCUUGCUGUUCUCGGAAGUCGAAAACAUGUUGCCGAAAAUCAAAUCUUUAUUUUGCAGCUUAAACCAAGGUUUAGAUCAUACAUGUCCACUAAAGGAAUUAUCAAAAGUUGAAGAGAUGUUAAUUCAGGAGAGGUCCGAUUUUGAGGAUCUCAUUCAAGUAUAUUUUGAUAAGGAACGAGCUGGGUGCACAAUGCAUGAGAUGCUCAGCUUGAAUCGUUUAAUCCGGGAACUGGUUCUUGAGUCAUAUAUUUGGGAUCGGCGCUUCCGUUGUCUUCAGUCUACUGAUCCCAAAAUGAUUAACACUUUAAAGUCAAGAAAAGCAAUCCAUAGAGACCAAGUACAGUUGCAGAAGGAUAAUAUUGCUGGUGAAAUAAUCGAAGAAAUAAGUACGAUCCACCCUGGUGAAGAAGUUUCUGGCGUAGCAGCUGUGACAUGUGUUGCUAACAUCACUGAUGUGGUGUCUGAUCAUGAUAAUGCUGGGAAUGACAGAAAAUUUGAUCAAAUAUGCAAGGAAGCAAGUGAAGAUUCCAUUAAAGAAUUCCAAGAUCCUGUGGAGCAACCGAAAAGGGCACCGUUAAGUUCUAUUCUUGGGGCAGACGAUACACUCAUCGAAAGAUUAAAAGAUGAUGGGGUCACUCUUAUUGAGUCGUCAGCAUCCACUGCUGGAAAUGAUUCUUUGAUAGGCCAAGGCUCUACUAUUGGACUAUCUCAACGCACCUCUAGUCUUCCUUUACUUACUUCAGACCCUCCGAAAGUUGCCAAUAUAGAGCGUCAUGGGUUACCCAUGGGUGAGACUUCAAAGUCCACGUUCAAGGAGCUAUUCAAUUCUGCUGACUCUGAAGAAUGGGUCUGGACUCCAUUUUCAAAAACUCGAGAGGCAUACAUGGAAGAUCUCCAGAAAAACUACUUACAACAUAAGUUUGAACCCAUCAGUAGGUGUACUCCAGAAAUUCUAUCUACCGCCACUCUGCUGGUCACCGAGGAAAGAUCCAGGCUGCACAUUCCAGUUGCCCCUGAUGCCAAAAUUGUGUCAGUCUAUGAGGAUGAAGCUACAAGUGCAAUUGCAGGAGCUUUAGCCAUAUUGCAUAACCGACAACAUGAAAAGGUGGCCUUUGAUAUCUCUAUUGCAUCGCCUCAUUGGCCUCCAACACGUUCUGCAGAUUCAGGAGUGUCUUCGGGGGAACGUGUUUCAUCAACAAAGUUAUUCUCAAGCUCAAGCAUCGAUGUCUCAUCAAUGGGGGAUUAUCUUUCAUCAUUGGAGGCAUCUCAUUUAGAGAUCCAUCUAGGAGAUGGGAAACAUUCAGGGAAAAGCAAAUACUCUGUGGUUUGUAUAUAUGAAAAGGAGUUCCGUGCUCUCCGAAAACAAUGUUGCCCAUUCGAAAUCGGCUAUAUCGCUUCUCUAAGCCGUUGCAAGAAUUUUGAUGCAAAAGGAGGAAAGAGUGGUUCAUUCUUUGUGAAGACAAUGGACGACAGGUUUAUCGUCAAGCAAAUUAAGAAGAUAGAAUAUGAUUCCUUUUUUGAGUUUGCCCCAGAUUAUUUUAAGUAUGUGAACCAGUCUCUAAGCUCAGGCAGUCAGUCGUGCCUUGCAAAAAUAUUAGGGAUUUAUCAGGUUACUAUAAGGCAGACCAAAAGUGGAAAGGAUCUGAAAUAUGACUUGAUGGUCAUGGAGAAUAUUAUUUUUAAUCGAAACAUAACACGCAUGUAUGAUCUCAAAGGUACGCAGUAUGCCCGAUACACUCCACAUGCAGAUGGCAAGGAAGUCUAUCUGGAUGAGAACUUCGUUGAAGACAUUAGCAUCUCUCCGUUGUUUAUGAGUCAAAAAACUAAGCAACAUUUGCAACGGGCUAUUUGGAAUGACACAUCUUUCCUCACUUCCAUUAAUGUCAUGGAUUACUCUUUGAUUGUGGGAGUUGAUAACCAGAAAGGUGAACUUGUAUGUGGCAUUAUUGACUAUUUAAGACAGUAUACCUGGGACAAACAACUUGAGUCAUGGGUGAAGUUGUCCCUUGUUGUUCCAAAGAAUGUGCAACCUACAGUUAUCUCUCCUAAAGAGUAUAGGAAAAGAUUUAAAAAGUUCAUGUCUAUGUAUUUCAUAUGUCUCCCCUGAUAUAUGAAAGUGCCUGAUCAAGAAGAAGAUACGAUGUGUCAUCCCAACUGACUAACACAAAUGAGAGACCUGCAUAAUCUCAGCUCUCUUGUCUGGUUUUAUUUAUAUAUACAUACAUGUCCAUUUUUGAAGGAUAUGAAAUAGGUUACUCCUCAGUAACUUCAAGUAGAUGUCAGAUACAACUUAUACAAAUCCCAAGUUUUGCGCUUCAGGAUUUUUCAGGGUCUUGGUUUAUUUUAUGGCCCGUUGUGAUUCAUUUUUUGUACCUAGCAGUAUAAAAGAGAAGGAGUUUGUAAAAAGUACAAAUAUACUCGUAACAAGAAUGGUAUAUGCAAAUCGAUGUAAAGCUGCAUUUUAUACAACCUAAUGAUGUGAAGUACAAAAGAGAUUGUAAGGAUACAAAUAUAAUAAGAAAGGUAUAUGCAAAUUAUCUGGAUGUAAAGCUGCAUUUUAUACAACUAAAUGAUU